AUGUUCCUCUUCUCCAAAAAACACAAGACCCCCAUCAGCACUUACACCGACUCCUACCGCCCACCGUGCUCUGUCAGAAAGAACACCCAGGAACGGGCUUUACAGGAGCUCUGGAAAGAAAACAAGUUUGUAACAAAGGGAUUAACGGCGCCCCCGGUGCAAAAUCCAGCAAGCCAAGGUCCGCCCAGUCAGCUGGUUAAGUUGGAGAGGGAGGAAUCCUUCAGGAAAACCAUCGACCACGCUGCCUACUGGCCUGAGAAGUACUGGCUGGCCAGGUCUGAAGGGAUGUACAACCCAGUUUUUGUCAACGAGGACAAAUACAUCAGCUGGAGAACAGGUCCCUACCACAGCACAGCAUGGAAUAACUACUCCUCUUACCUCACCCUCCUGCCCAAGGUGGCAGGCUGGCUGCUCCUCCUCACCCUUACCCUCACCAUCCCUCCACUUGCAGACGUGCUGCACUUGCUGCCAUCCCUGCAGCCCGUGUACACUGUGACGGGGAGGAGACCCUUCCACAGCUACUACAGCCCCUGCUCUGGGCGCCACUACUGCCUGCAAGGGAUAGACUACUACUCUGAUGCAGCUGCUGCCAUCAGAAGGCAUCUCCAUGAAAUAGAAGAGACUGCUGUAAGGUGGGACACAAGCCACUUCAGCACGACAGGAGGAGUCCGGAGAGGCAGCUACACCAUCCACCCUGAGUUUAUGUCUGAGGCUUACUAUACCCCGUGCUGCUGGUGA